AUGUUCUAUGACAUGCACCUCAAGCCAUUCAUUCAAAUGUGGGAUCCUAGUCCUCUUAAGCCUGGAGAACAUGUCCGGACGAAACGGCUUUAUGGCCGCACCAACAAAAACCAUAACUAUGUCAGACAGAUUGCUGCCCAUAGUCGACACCAGCGAAUGCUGUAUCAGAUGCGCAUUCACACCAACUUCGAGGGGCACUGCAAGGGGAAGAGGGCAGGAGUAUACAGAGUGCCAGAUAAGGAGCGGCUGCCUCCUGGAAAUCCAAAGGAUCAGUAUUCAAUAGCUCAGGGAGAGCAGUUCUACCUUGCUCUUGAUCCCUUCCGACAGCUUUACCAGGAUGAUCCAGCAAAUUUUUAUGACCAAUUACAUGCCCAUCUCUUUGCCCGCAUCCUCAAAACUGACAAUUCUGAAGAUUUUAAUGUUGAAGACCUCUCGUCAAUUUGUUUUGUGAAGGACAAGAUCUAUACUCACAAAUGUUUCCGCCUCCACUAUAACACCUACAACAUGCACCGCAAAUCACACACCAUCAGCACUCAAUUACAUCCCAAUGUCAUGCUUCUAGCAGAUGAUGCAACAGCUGAGGAACAGGAACAUCCUUACCGCUAUGCAAGGGUGAUUGGGGUCUUUCAUGUGAAUGUCGCCUAUUGGCGUCAAGAUAUGGCUUAUGGGGAUUCAGUGCUGCAUCGUAUGGAUUUCCUCUGGGUUCAGUGGUAUGAACUGGACACAUCCUCUGCACAUGGCUGGCAGGCCAAACGUUUCCCCAAAGUCCACUUCCUACCCUCAUCUGAAUACAAUGCUUUCAGUUUUGUUGACCCAUCCACUGUAUUGCAAGGAGCAUACAUGCAGCCAUUUGCUGGGAGAUUGACAUCGGAUCUUGUCACUCCAACAUCCACUGCAAGAUUUUACAAGGGUGUCGUGAAUGGGAAGUAUGAGCUGGAGAUGAAGGACUGGCGUCAGUAUCAAGUGAAUGAAUUUCCUGACUGCGACAUGUUCAUGCAAUACCAUGGAGGCGGUGUAGGACAUUCCACCCACAACUUCACCCGUGGCCUUGAGGUGGAGGCUACAUUCAAAGACCCUCCACUACCAGUAUAUGAUCGCAACACUGGGAUCGUCAUGGUUCGCUCCUUGUCUCCAAUAGACGAGGUACCAGAGGAGAUAGAAGAGGAGGAGGAGGAGGGGGACGAUAACAGCGAAUUGUGGUCACAGACAGAGUCUGAUUCCUCAGAGGAGUUAUCUGACGAUGGCUACACCUCGCAGGAUGACGACCUUGACGAACUCGAGGACCUUUGA